UGGGAUUGAAGAUAAGCAUGAAUAGAGUGCCUCUGAACACAGCUGCGCCAAGCCAACUACUAAAAUCUUGCAGAGAAAAUGGGGAUUCUAGAAGAGACAUACCGCUGGAUCUCGUUGCCGUACGCAUAGAUCCAUAUUGCCACCUGAGUGUAUGCCGUUCAGACUUCCUAAUCUGAUCAUCGCAUCCUUCAGUCGACGGCUGG